AUGCUGUCGAUACAAAAGCACAGCUCUGGCCACAGCACGACGUCCAGCUGCGGAUCUGGGAGCAGCCGACGCAGCAGUGAGUCGUAUGCCUCAUCGCAGAGCACGGCUCUCACGUCCGUCCUGAUCGGCUACUCGCCGCGGACGCUGGAGAAGACGACAGCAUCAGCAGCAGCACAAGCACAAGCACAAGCAUCAACACCCAUGUCCACGGUUUCUCCACGGUCCGUCACGUAUGCCCAAGGGGUUCGUGGCGGUCAAGACGUCCCUCGGUUCCAGCUGCCCUGCUACGACGACCUCUCGCCGUCGACACGAUGCUGUCCGCGCGCCUCGACCGAUACGUACGCGUCCAGCAACGAGGACGAGUCCGAGAACGAGGCAGACGAGCGCGAGGCCGAGCAGCGCGCAGAUGCAGACCUGGCGUACGGCUACGACCCGGCGGACCUGUCACCGUAUGCGAGCGGCUACGCAUCGCAGCGCUACGGCGACAGCUACGGCGACGACGGCGACGACGGCGACGAGCCGGUGAUCCCACCGCUGCCCGAAUACCGACACGAGGUAGUCGAUGGCACGGUGAGGCCGACAACGCCGCACGGGUUCGCGCAGUUGUUUCCCAGCGUCGAUCGCAUGUCGAUCCGCCACGACGAGUUCACGACGGACGGCAACAUGAAUCUGCGCGUCGACAUGACCGUGUCAGGCGGCACGACCGCGAGCGGUGGCCGCCGACGGCCGACAUCCUACCAGCUCUUCCACCUGCGCAUGUAUGAUCUCGCGCGGCGCGAGUUCUCGCUGCGGCGAUACUGCCGCGACUCGGGCCGCGAGGUCUGCAAUGCCAAGCUGGUGUACGACGAGCCCAGCACGACCUGCCGGCCGAACCAGGACCAGAACCGGAGCCGGCGAAGCAGCUAUGGCGGCAGCGGAGGACCAACAGCCUUGCAGCGAUCCAUGACGACGGCGUUGCGGUCGCUGGGCGGCAGCUCAAAGCCAUCGCUGGCUCGGUCAACCUCGUCCUUCUCCUCGCUCUUUGACCGGCGCAGCAGAGACGGCAGUGCCGACGUCCGGCCGGCAGCACGACCCCGGCCGACAAACACGGUCAAGCUCGAGUUUAGCAACUAUGCACGCGUCGACGUGACGUAUCGUGCCGGCGUCGACUACAGCAGCAGCAGUAGCAGCAGCAGCAGCAGCCACCACAGCCACAGCAGCCACCACAGCCACAGCAGCCACAACAGCCACAGCCACAACAGCCACACAGGGCCGACCACCACAGCCUACUACGACUUUGAGUGGUGGGGCCAUCGGUACACGUGGAAGCGGGUGUCGGAACGUCAUCUGCCCGGCAUGGUGCAGUUCCAUCUGCUGCGGGACUACGACGCCGGCGACGACGAGGCCGACGUGCCGGUAAUCGCACACAUCGUGCCAGAGCCGCGGUCGCCGAACCAGGAGGCGGCCGACGAGGCAGCCGGCGGCUGGGUGCCGCCUUGUCACAUGUGGAUCAGCGAGCGGUCGGUGCUGGAAGCCAUAACCGACGUGGCUGACGUCAUCAUGGCCACCGGCCUGGUCGCCCUGGUCGACGACACCAUCCGUGACCGCUGGCCGACGGCCGACGUGCGACGGGCCCGCGAACAGGCCUCGGCCAUGCGCAGCGCCCGGAGCAGCAGCUGUAGCAGCAGUGGUGGCAGCAGCAGCAGGAGCAGCAGGAGCAAGAACAGCGGCAGCAAGAACAACAACAGCGGCCCGCGCGCCCUCAUGCACCUCUUUCAUCGCCGAGGCAGUAGCGGCAGCAGUCCUCAUGCGUCCAGCCCGCUGCGGAACGCACAGCCGAUCAGCGCAUAUUGA